AUGGACGUGCUUACUUUGCCUGCUGCUGCUUUCAGUCCCGGCGAGUCCUUUUACCAGGGCUUCACAACAUGCACCAUCGCCUUUGCGGUCUUGGUUGUUCCUUUCCUGCUCACUUAUCUCUUCACUUACACUCGAUUUGUUUUGAAAAACCAGAAACAAAAGAGCACCAGUACUCGCUCGUCACUCGUCCCUCCGUACUUCGUGCCUGGACUUGGGCAUGCCUACUCCAUCCUCUUCAACGCCGAAAACUUCCUCCGUUCUCUACAAGUAAAAGCCAAGCAUUCAGUACUCUCGCUCUCUCUGCCUCGGGGUUCGCUCUGCUAUGUUCUUCCUGGCGAAGGAGUGCGGCUACUUUUCAAGGCGCCCCGAGAUCUCGUACCGGUCCCGGGAAUAUUCGACGCCUUGACAAUCUUCUUUGGGCUGACGCCGUCUGACUACCAUGUGUUCAACCAUGAUCACAUCUCGGCCUUUGAGGCAAACAAGGGGAAUGAACACUCGACAUCCCACCCAGACGAAUCAAGACGAAUUAUGGAACACCAACGAAAGGACUUCGCCACCUUCUUGAACGGAGAGAAUCUGAGACUCGUAAUGGAUAGGUUCUCGUGCAAUCUCCGACAACAGUUCUGGCCCCGUCACCCUCCUCACCCAAGCUCGGACUUUGUAGACGUCCCGGAUCUAUACAAGUUUGUGCGCGACUCCCUUUUCAAGGCCGAGGUCGAGACACUUUACGGCAAACGCAUCGUCAUCGUCUGCCCCUCGUUCUGCGAAGACUUCUGGGCGUUUUACGACGCGUUCCCUGUGGUCUCGCGCGGUAGUCCUCGCUGGCUUUACCCCGCGGAGUACCACUCCAGGGACCUCAUGCUUCGUAAUUUGGACACCUGGAGGAGGUGGUGCAAUGCCAACUCCCACCAGGACGACGAGGAGCCGGGCCAUGCAGAGUCCAACCCGAUCUGGGGCACGCGUUACGUGAAGAACAUGGUGAGGCGAUAUGAGGGCCUGGGAUUCUCGGAUCACGGGGUUUCGAGUCUGCUGCUCGGUUUUCUAUUUGUAACGACAGCAAACACAAUACCAGCAGCGGCCUGGAUGAUACUCCACACACUCCUCGACCAAUCUCUUGUGGGUCGACUGAGAAAAGAGUUGUCGGUCGAUUCUGAGACUUCAGAAUUCCAAAUCGACUACACGACGCUGUCAUCGGCCCCGCUGCUGAACUCGGUUUACCGCGAGACUCUCCGUCUGCAUGUUGCCGGGACCAUUGGCCGUAAGGCCGUCAGCGCCGGAGUUCGCCUUCACGGGGACUCAUUGUUGCCUCUUCAAUCUGGAGCCACAGGCAUGUCAGCAAACUGGCUCGGGGGGUUAGAUGAAUCUAUCUGGAACACCGGCCGGAUCAUCAAAGGAGUCGCCGAGCACUCGCUCGAGUCGUUCUGGUCGGAGAGGUUCUUAGAAUACCCAGACGACCCUACGAGUGGUCCACUACUGAAGCUUCAGUCAUUUUACACCGCGAACAGAAGUUCCACGCAAGAGAAGCACGUCCGAGACGACUCCAAAGCUAAGUUGUCAAGCCCGGCGGCCCUUCGCGGCCAUUUCUUCCCAUUUGGAGGAGGCGCAUGGCGGUGUCCAGGAGAGACUUUGGCCAAGAACACUAUUCUGGUCUCGGUUUUUCUGCUGCUGAGGGAUUUGGAUGUUGAGAUUUGCGACCCUGUGAGUGCGGCCAGAGCCAACUCGCGUCAUCGGGCCAUGCCGUUUGGAACACAUGCUUUUGAUAGACCAGUGCCUGUUCGGUAUCGAAAGAGGUAUUGCCACUCUGAUUGUUAG